AUGGACGGCACGACUACGAACGGCCAUGGCGCCGCUGACCCCAUUGCCGCGAAGAAGACAACCACCGCCCUCUCCUCCAGCGCAUCCCAGUCCUCCUCGUUCGCCGUCAAGGCCGGCUUGGCCCAGAUGCUCAAGGGCGGCGUCAUCAUGGACGUCGUCGACGCCGAGCAAGCACGCAUUGCAGAAGAAGCCGGUGCAUGUGCCGUCAUGGCGCUUGAAAGAGUGCCGGCCGACAUCCGCGCCCAAGGAGGCGUCGCACGUAUGAGCGAUCCGGCCAUGAUUCAAGAAAUCAUGCGUGCCGUGACCAUCCCUGUCAUGGCCAAGGCACGGAUAGGACAUUAUGUCGAAUGUCAGAUUUUGCAAGCCAUUGGGGUGGAUUACAUCGAUGAGAGUGAGGUGUUGACACCCGCGGACCCUACAAACCAUGUGGACAAGAACGGGUUCAACACGCCUUUUGUGUGUGGAUGCCGGAACUUAGGCGAGGCAUUGAGGAGAAUUUCGGAGGGUGCGGCGAUGAUCAGGACGAAGGGCGAGGCUGGUACCGGUGAUGUUGUGGAGGCUGUGCGACACAUGCAAACGGUCAAUGCUGAGAUUGCACGAGCCAGCUCUGCUUCGGACGCUGAUCUGCGACAAAUGGCACGAGAGCUGGAGUGCGACCUAUCUCUGCUGAAGGAGACCGCCAAGCUGAAGCGUCUGCCUGUCGUCAAUUUCGCUGCAGGAGGUAUUGCCACACCAGCCGAUGCUGCUCUCAUGAUGCAGAUGGGCUGUGACGGUGUCUUUGUAGGAUCCGGGAUUUUCAAGUCUGGAGACGCCGCGAAGCGUGCGAAGGCAAUUGUGCAGGCCACUACCCAUUACAAUGAUCCGAAGGUUCUCGCAGAUGUCAGCAUCGGCCUGGGUGAGGCCAUGGUGGGCAUCAAUGUCGAGAAGAUGCCAGAGCAGCAAAAGCUGGCCAAGCGCGGAUGGUAG